AUGUCAAUUGGCUCUUUUUGGCAUCAUAGGCGAUUCGAUCGGAGUGAGCAGGUCAAUGGCCCCUCCCAGGAUACGGGUCAGACUCCCAGUACUUCGGAUCAGACUCCCAGUACUUCGCCGAACCACGACCAGCAUUUCAACAGCGAUGCAACGCCUGUAAUCAAUAAUCACACGCUCAACGCUUUCCAGUUUCAAGACGGACCAAGCGUUUUACUUACUCCGCCCGACGAUGGCCCUACAGUACACAAUGAACGAGGCGCUUUCUAUCAGUUCGGUGCCAAUCCGACAGGGAUAGCAUUGAGUGAAGUGUCACGGGUGCCGCCUCGCCCGCUUGAACAAUCCUCGUGGAGGUAUGGGAGGGAUCAGGCAUGGAAAAGAGAUAGCUCGGAAUCUCUCUUGAGUACGCCAACAGACCAACAACACUCCUUCAAUCCGAACACGGCCAGUAAGCGGCAUGGUACGAUCGCUCUUUCGAACUUCGAUAGUGUUCUGAGCAGUCGUCGCUCGAGUGCGGUGCCAGACAGCAUCCUGGGACAACUCGAAGAAGCGGCUUCGGAAAGAGGCCGUCUGAACCAUCCUGAAGGUGAGGAAGCGCAGGAAGUUCCAGCUUCAGCGCUACACGAUCAAAAUGCGGACGAUGCUCCAGUGUUUCUUCUCCAGGAAGAACAUAUCACAAUCAGUAAUGACAUCCCACCCAUCGGCAAGUGGCGUUGUUGCGAGUGUCAAAGAGGACACGAGAUCUACCGCUUUGAGGCAGGUCAGCAUCUGAUUAGUAUUCUCAAUUGCUUGUGCAAGCAUCGUUCAUGUAGAAGUUGCACCUUCCAGGGCAACGUAAGGCGGUUCGCUCCGAUAGACGAUGCUGCUGGAGUGGCAUCCGUUCCAGUCCUCGAGGGUGAUGGCAGAACCAUACGUUUCGGCGUGAUCUGUCGCACUUGUGGCUUGUCCUGGAGAGCAAAGAGAGUCGAGGAGGCAAAGCGCCCGGGAUUGCUCCGUCGAAAGCUGUCCAUCUUACCAAAGAAGGUCAAUCCAUUACACAAGCUGCGCACUACACGAUCGAUGAUCUAUCUCGGCAUUUCUCACGACUCUCGUACGGAUGUGGGCCGUCCUGGAAGCGCAUUGUCCACGUCUCGCUCGAUCUUUAAUCUCAAGUCGGCUUCGGAUGCGCAAGGGAAGGACGCAAAACUUGCAGAACAGGCUCAAGGCGCCUUUGUCAGGUUCUAUGGCAUCGAGUGUACAUGUGGCAGUAUCACCAAUGCGAGUUCAGUUUGCUUCCAAGUCGUCGACACGGCCGAGGUCAACGACGAUGGCAAGCCGAGGGGACAAUCCAGCGUUCAAGUUACUGAGACAGCAGAGUCGUGUUCUACGUCUGAACUGGAGGCUAAGGGCUAUGGUACGCCUACCCUGCAUCUCAAGGGUGGCUUGCAUCCUAACCCGCUCCGGCGUAAUCCGGUGAAGAGGUCCGAAUCGCCGCAGGGCUGA